GUCAGCUCUAAUUCAACCAUGUGGCAUACACAUGCAACAUCAGAGAUCGCACACAUAACCCUAUCGGCACAACCCUUCUGCUCAGUUCGGGUUCGGAUUUCAGCACGUUCAGAUCGUUUGGACGAGCUCGCGGGCGAUUUGCGGCGAUUGUGUAAUCUGUUCGGUUGCCUCCUAAAGACCAAAAAUUCCAUUCUAGCUAGCCAACCACAUUGAAACUGAAUAUUUUAAGUGUCGCCAUAGUGUUUGGAACUCGUUUAAAUCAGCAUAAUUCAUAAGUUUGGCUGCGAAGCUUGAAGUUAUGCAACCUGAUGUGAAACAGUGAUCGUGCAGAGAACAUAGAAUUUUUCGACGAUAAUCAUGAUCGUUUUAGUGCUGACCAGUGUUCUGAUCAUCGCUUUCAGCUAUUGGUUACUGCAGGAACUCCGUCGACCACCAAAUUAUCCACCAGGUCCCCAAUGGCUCCCCUUCAUCGGAAAUACGCCAUUCGUGCGGAAGUUGGCUCGUGCAAGCGGUGGUCAACAUUUGGCGUUUGAAGCCCUCUCCAAGCAGUACAACAGCCCAGUUAUUGGACUCAAACUGGGCAGAGAAUACGUUGUGGUGGCUUUGCAAUAUCCGGCUGUACGGGAAGUUCACAGCAAGGAAGAGUUCGAUGGCCGACCCGACAACUUUUUCCUUCGGCUAAGGACUAUGGGGACAAGGCUAGGAGUGACGUGCACAGAUGGACCGUUUUGGGCAGAGCAUAGGAAUUUUGUCGUACGUCAUCUACGACAAGCGGGAUAUGGAAGGCAACCAAUGCAGCUGCAGAUACAAAAUGAACUGAAUGAGUUGAUUGGAAUCAUCAGAGAUAUGGAUGGUGAACCAGUUUGGCCGGGUAGUAUUCUUCCAACGAGUGUGAUUAACGUGCUGUGGACUUUUACUACCGGAUCGAGAAUUCCGAGGGAUGAUCAACGACUUGCUAGGUUGUUGAAACUUUUACAGGAUAGAUCAAAAGCAUUCGACAUGUCGGGAGGUGUUCUGAGUCAGCUGCCAUGGCUUCGUCACAUAGCACCAGAAUGGACAGGAUACAAUCUACUUAAGCGAUUCAAUCAAGAAUUGCACGAGUUCUUUAUGAUAAUCGUUGAAAGGCAUCAUCAGGAGUAUCAUGAAGAAAAGUGUUCAGACGAUUUAAUCUACGCUUUUAUCAAAGAAAUGAAAGAUCGGAAAGAUGAUCCAAGCUCCACGUUUACCGAUCUUCAGUUAACAAUGAUCAUACUAGAUAUCUUCAUUGCUGGAUCUCAAACCACCAGUAUUACAAUUGACCUAGCGUUCAUGAUGUUGACCAUGCAUACAGACAUUCAGAAGAAGAUACAUGCAGAAAUCGAUGAGAAUUUGCAUCAGGAUGAAAUGCCCCAGCAAAACGAUCGUACCAGUUUACCCUACACUGAAGCUUUCUUACUAGAGGUCCAAAGAUUCUUCCACAUUGUUCCUGUCAGUGGGCCCCGAAGAGCCCUUUCGGAUUGUACGCUGGGAGGAUAUCAAAUACCGAAAAACACCACAAUCUUGAUGGGAUUACGCACAGUUCACAUGGAUCCCGAACAUUGGGGUGACCCGGAAUGCUUCAGACCCGAAAGAUUCCUUAGCCCUGAUGGGAAGAUUAUCACCACAGAAAGACUGAUUCCUUUUGGUCUGGGAAGAAGACGUUGCCUCGGGGAAUCUUUGGCACGAGCGUGUAUGUUUACGUUCCUCGUCGGAAUCUUACAGAAGUUCAGCCUUCGUCAACCGGCAAAUUGCUCCGAGAAACCGAGCCCAAAACUGCUCCCAGGAAUCACGCUCUCACCAAAGCCAUACAAAGUUAUCUUUGAACCGAGAUGAGCAAGUGCCAAUCCUUCCUACUUUUGCCGCCCAUUGCGCAUGAGCAGCAGUGAUUUCAAUGCUGGGACGAUAACGAACUUGAUGUAUCGUUUGAAAUUCUUGUAUCGCAUAUAAACGCGGCAGAAGUUAAUAGCGUAGUGUAUUCGAAGAAUUCUAGCCAAUAAAUUGCAUUGAGUUACAUUGUUCGAUGUUGGGAAAAUGGCGAAAAUGUUGCCAUAUUUAUGCUCUACAUUUUAUAUUCCUAGGAAUAAAAUAAUAUACUCAGAAAUCACUCGAUCUUGUAAAA